UAUUGUUUGCCUUUUAAAAUGUGAACUGUUUAGAUUUAACAUGCAAAUAAAUGUUAAUGAAGAUGUUGAGUUAUUUUUAAAAUAGAGUGUAAUUAAAAUGAGCUAAAUUUGUGAGCUGAAUGGAAACUCACUUGUUACUUACUGGUUCAUGGGGUCAAUGCAAAUGACUCACUGCAGUUCGCGAGUUGAAAAUGAACAGUAUCAGAUAACUUUUGUUUCGCCAGCCCUGCCCUGUACAAAAACUCUUUUUUUAUUUUAAUCAAUUGUUUAUGUUGUGUUACUGCUAAUGAAAAAUGGAGUAGAUGCGUGCAUAGCUGUUUUCUUUCAAUUAGGAUGGCCUAUAUAAACAUAGCAGAAUGGACGCCCGACCAAGUUACAGACUGGAUAAGAGGUCUCGACGAGUCCAUGGCUGGCUACGAAUUUUCAAAACAUGAAAUCGGAGGACGUGCCCUGCUCAAUAUACGGCCCUAUGAGCUGGAAAACUUGGGCAUGGAGGCCAUUGGCCAUCAGGAGAUUGUCCUUGAGGCCGUCGAGAAUCUGCGAAAUUUUCACUAUCACCUGAAGAACGACAACCUGCAGUUCAUGGCACUCCAUGUGGGCACCGCUGCCCGCAAUCUGCAUCGCGAGCUGGCCAAGAAUCAUCCGGACAGCACAAAGAUCGAUACACGAACGCUGCACGAUAUUUCGCGGACGAUAGCGACGGUGAAGCCGUUGAUUGGCAACCUGAAGGGUUCGCCAUUUCGCAGCCAGGACAUGUAUCGCGAGUACUGUGGCAAUGUGUUGCGCUGUGGCCUCGAGCUGGCGACGAUAGCGCAUCGUGAUCGGUUCGUCGAGCGUCCAGUGGCGCAGAUCAAAGCGACUGCGGUGCGUUUGGAACGUUUGGCGAAUUUCAUAAUACAGGACAUAUCGGAUCCCAUGGUGCUGCAACCGGCAUCCCUGAAUCUGGUGACGCUGAAGAAGCGUGAAUCGGAUCUGGGCUUCAACAUCGAGUCCAGUGACAAUGGCAUACAUCGAGUGACGGACAUUAAAUACAAUUCGCCAGCGCACAAUUCGGGCAAGAUCGAGGAUGGCGACGAGAUUGUCCAGAUCAAUUAUCAGACUGUGGUGGGAUGGCAACGCAAGACGGUGCUGCAGCAUCUCCGGGAAGCGCUGCCCGACGUGGUGUUGACUGUGAAGAAGAGACCCAAGCACACCAAGAUGUAUGGCCAGAUCUAUAUGCAGCCGUAUCGUUUGCCCAGUAAAAAGCGCAACAUGAAUCGUUGGGCUGACAAUUUGCCCAGUCCUAGCACACGUCCCGCUUUCCUCACCCUGGAGACGGCAACGACAAAGACGCCGCUGAACGUGGCCGACAAGGCGGGCGAUACGCUGCCCGAGCAGGAGCAACAGGAGAGGGAACGGGAGCGUGAAUUGGCGCGUCAGCGACAGCGGCAACAACUGGUGGAGCAGGCCGAGCAGGCGGUGCAAUCGCAUGCGGGCUCCGAUUCGGAUUCCAGCUGCAGUGAUAUACCCACGCCCACGGAUCCCAAGUCGGCCAGCCGCGAGAUGCGUCUGUAUUACCCCAAGCCGCGUGCGUUGCUCCAACGUCGUCACACGAUCUGUGGCGAUGAAUUCCUGAGCCUGAAACAUCCGCAUCUGGUGAUUCCGUCGUGGCACGAGCGGAAACCUGGUGGCGCUGGCGUUGGCGGCGCUGCCAACUGUGAUCCUGGCUCGCCCAGCAUACGCGACAAGUCGAUAUCGUUUGGUUACGGCUUGGAGAUUACCCCACGUCCCACCACGUGCAUUGGUCUGGCGGAUAGCGCUGAUACCGCCAAGCGUUUGGUCAACGAGGCGCGCAAACUGAAGCAGCUGACGGAGGCGGGUCUGGAGUCGCAGCAGCAGCUGCAACAGCUCGAACGCUACAAGCCGGGAGUGAGCAAGGUGGUACGCUUCGAUGCGCACAUGAAGGUCGAGGAUUAUGUGGUGAAGAACGAGAAGUUUACGUGCAAUGUGGAGAACACCAUACUGGAGACAUUCGAGCCGAUUCCCUUUGCCGACGAGGGCGACGAGGAUGCGCUCGAAACGUUGCGCAGCUGUGCCAAUGAAACGAGCACCACCGUCGAGCUGCUCCAGGCCAUCGAGUUGGCCACACGUGAAACGCCGCCGCUGGCGGAGGCCAUCAAUUCAUCGCUGAUACACCAGCAGCAGCAGCAACUGUUGCAACAACAGAAUCGCCGCGGACGAUUAGAUAAAAGUCACAGCACGCCGGCGUACGACAAUUCAGGCGAGGAGGAAUCGGAUACGCCGCCUCCACCGCCACCGCCAGCGAUAGAACCGCGCAAGGAGUUCUUGCUGGUGACGCCUCCAGCGCCGCCGCCGCGUCCACGCAAGCAACGCGAACUGACGCCGCCUGUGGUGCCGCCUCCACCACCGAAGCCAGCGAGCAUGCAGCCACAGCAGCUGCAACUGCAACAGCAACAAUUGCAGCAGCAACAGCAGCAGCAACAACAACAGCAGCAGCAACAGUUGCCCGCUGUGGAGCAACCGCAGGAGAUUAGCGAGCUGCUCACGCCCAGCAAAACCCGAACGCUCACGCUCAAAAAGAAGCACAGCCUGAUGGCCAAGCGACGCAACACCAAUCUCAAGCUGCUGGGCACUGGGGACAUUCAAGGUCAUCUCUAUCGGCGCACCAAGAAUCUGCGUGGUGUCACCUACUGGGCACGCAUCUAUUUCGUGAUGCUGGACACCAUACUCUAUGGCUUUCGCAGCAAGCAGAGCAGCAGCGCCAGUCUGGUCAUCUUUCUGCCCGGCUUCACCGUCUCCCUGGCCAAGGAGGUGCACUCGAAGCCGCAUGCCUUCAAGGUGUAUCACACGGCGAAGAGCUUUUACUUUGCCGCCGAAUCGUUGGAUGCACUGAAUCAAUGGGUUGAGUUCUUGCGCAUCGCUUCGCUCAAGUUGCCGGCGGUGAGCAGCGAUGCGUGCACCGCCAAGGAUCUGUACUCGGAGAACGAGAGCUCCGGCGAGGAGGAGAAUGAUGCGCUGGUCAGCACCAAUCUAUGCACACCAUCGCCGCAGGCAUCGAAGGAUGUGAUUGCCACGCUGUUGGCCAACAGCAGCGGCAGCAACAACAGCAGCAGCCACACGCCGACGAGCAGUUUGAGCAGCAGCAACAGUCUGAAGCAGGAUCGUCGCGUUUUCGACUCGUUGCGCAAAUUCACGAUGGGCACCUUCAAGAGCAAUGCCGCCAAAUCGAGCUCCAGUGAUAUUCCCGUGCCGACGGCCAAUUUUCAAACAUUUCGCAAAGUGCCAGGCGGCAGUUGUGGCAUACAGAUUGGCGCCAAUACGCCUGGCUAUCAUGAUCCCGCCCAGCCGCCCACCACAUUGACGCCACCCCAACCCCAACAGCUGCAGCAGCAACCACCACAGCAGGCGCCGGCAACCUUGCCACGCAAAUUGUCGCGCAGUUCGAGUCGCAGUUCGGUGGUGAGCACAACGUCAGCGAGCUUGGGGCCACCGAAUUCACCAGCGCCCACAAUUAGCUCGCUGCAGCAGCAGCCAAGCUUCGAGGAGAGCAACAGUCCCAGCCCGAGUCCGAGUCCAAGUCCCAGCCAGAGUCAAAGUCCGAGCAGCAAGUCGAGCUUGAAGAAAGUGCCGUAUCAUUAUCUACACGCCUCCAAUCCCAAUCUCGAGGUGUUUGAGUAUCAUCACUCGCACACCAAGUCCUCGUUCAUGACCAAGAAGAGCGGCGGCGCUGGCGGCGAUGGGAAUUUGGGUGAUGCACAUCAUCAGCCCAACAACAUACAGGGCUACAUGACCCUCAAGGAUCUGAUGUUGCGCAAGCAACUCGAGGAAUCCCAGGAGAUGUACAACAAUCGUGUGCAUCUGGGCAUUGAGAAGCAUCAGCGUCAGCACAUGCGCAACGAUUCCAAUGCCAGCCAGCAGACGGUGACCACCAUGUCCUCCUCCUCAGCGUCCACAGCGAAGGCUGCGGCAGGUAAUGGCAACGGCAGCAAUGGGGAGAAGCCCGCCAAGAUACAGAGCUUGAGUCUGCCGAAGACGCCGGACUACGAGUUUAGCUUUAAGCCGGAUGACGAGAGCAUCAAGCGAACACGCACCAAGGAGGGUCAGAAGUUGCGUGACUUUGGCUACGAGCUGAUCUUUGGCGAUGAGCCUGCCAGCAGCAACAACAAUGUGAGCGUCUCACGGCAAUCGAGUUGCAGUGAAUUCGAGAAGCAAUUGCAGCUGCAACAGUUGGAUAAACAGCUGCAAUUGCAGCAGCAGCAACAGCAACAUUUGCAGCAACACGAGAAGCAGCAACAGGAGAAGGACAAGGAGAAGGAGAAACAUUCGCAAGGUUCGCGAUCGCGUUACUUUUUGCGUCCGCAACACUUGUCGAGUUUUCUGCACAAGAAAUCGAAGAAUCACCACGACGCUGAGGCCAGCAGCUUGACCAGCAGCAGCAGCAUGACAAGUGGCAGCGGCAGCAACAAGAAGAGUAAAAGCAAAUCCAACAGCAGCGGCAGCGAUCGCAAGUUUCCAUUUGCCUCAGUCACAAUGACGCUGCCGCUCAACAAGAAAUCAAAAUCGAAUCAUGCCCUCGACGCCAGCAGCCACAUGACGAGCAGUGCGAUUGGUGGGCAUUUGGCUGGCGGCGGCAGCAACAACAGCAGCAGCAGCAACAUCAAGAAAAGUCAGACCUACAAUCAGGAUCUGGGCGAGAAGCUGGUGGGCGGCAAGUACGAUGCUCAGCGCAAGAAUUCGGCGCCCAUUUUCAGCAAACUCUCGCUCAGCUCGUCCACAUCGGGAGCGCAUGCGACGCCGACGCGUCCUGCCAAGGAGAAUCGUUUCAUGGGCUCGCCGGUGCUGCAUCGCACGCUCUUCGGCCAUCAUCAUCACCAGCAGCAGCAGCAGCAGCAGCAGCAGCAGCAGCAACAACAGUUGCAACAUCAUCACCAUCAUCAUCAGUUGUUGCAGCAACAGCAACAACAGCAGCAGCCGCCAAACAGCGCCGAGCUGGAGGCGGAAUGCGAUCAGGAGAUCUUCUCGCAGGUCAUCUUUCCCACUCAGCACAGUCAGCGAAGCUAUCGCUCGACGACAUCAGCAACAUCUGCGGCUGCUGUUGCUGCUGCUCCAGUUGCCAACACCAAUCUGUGUGCAUCGGAGGCGCUGCAGCCACCGUUGCCACCAGCACCACCGCCACCCACAGCAGCAGCAGCAGCUGGAACAACAGCAGCACCAGCAGCAACAACAGCAGUUGCUGACAAGGCGGAUGAACCAGCAACACCAAAAGUUAGCAACACCAAUUCGCUGGAUUCGAAGGCAGCGACACCGGAUUAUCCGAACAUGGAAUGUCCGCCGGUCUUUGAGCCGGAAAUCUAUUCGCUCAGCGAACCAAACACGAGUCUGUCGCGGCUCAUGCUGCGCAACAACAACACCAGCAGCAGCAGCAAUGGCAGCGGCAGCGGCAACAAUAACAAUAACAGCAACACCAACAACACCAACAGCAGUCCCAGUGGCGGCGAACAUCAAACCUAGGUGUGAUGUAAACGAUUGUGAAUGCUCUAUAUAAUAUAUAUAUAUAUAUACAUUAUAUACAAACAUAUAGAUCUAUAGAUAUAUAUAUAUAUAUACUCGUAUUGAUAUAGGAAUAUAUGCAAUUUUGUUCGUCUUCGUCUUCCCCUUCAAAAAAACUGCAAUCCUUAGCUCCUUUUUCUAUUAUUACUCACCCUAUCCAUAUCCAUAUCCACAUAUAUAUUAUAUUAUUAUCUUCUUUAUACACACACAUAUAUAAAUAUAUAUAUAUAUACGAUAUACGAUAUUUAGAUUUAUGCAUAUGCGCCUUAAUUUGCAUUACGAUCGUUUUUGGUUCUAGGUAAAUUUUUAUACAUAUUAUAUUAUUAUUAUUAUUAUGGAUACUAUAUUAAACCCACACACAUUGAAGAUGAAAAGCUACAAUCAAGUCUGUGCAUCGAAAUUAAGAAGUAGAGUGAACAAAUAAUUAAUUAUCGUAAUUGUAAUCGUAAAUAAUUGUAGUGAGAAUUCUUUAUGAUUUGCCUUUGUAAUGAGAUUAACCAAGUUAAUCGAAGCUGUUUGAUUUUGCUCAACAGUUCAUGUCUAAUGUUUUUAGUGAGUAUGCACAACAUCAAUGAAAUCAGUAUAAAUAAAGUCAACUGUAUAUAAUUA